AUGAAACUCGACGCUAAGGCUAUUCGUUACCUUACCAACGAGGAUUUCCGAGUUCUUGCAGCGUGUGAAGCUGGCAGCCGAAACCAUGAGGUCGUUCCAACACCGUUGAUCUCGCAACUUUCGGGCCUCCGGGGCGGCAGCGGUGUCAACCGCGCAAUCUCAAACCUCGCGAAAAUCAACUUGAUUGCAAAGGUCAAGAAUGCCAAGUAUGACGGCUACCGACUCGCAUACGGAGGAUUGGAUUAUCUUGCGCUGAACGCGCACCAAAAGUCAAAGGUCAUCUAUUCAGUUGGCAACCAAAUCGGCGUGGGAAAGGAAUCAGACAUUAUCGUCGUGGCAGAAAGCAGCGGAGCGCAGCGCAUUAUGAAAAUCCACCGUCUCGGCCGUAUCUCAUUCCGAACAGUCAAGACGAACCGUGACUACCUACGACACCGCAGCUCAGCCUCAUGGAUGUACAUGUCUCGAUUGGCAGCAAUGAAGGAGUUCGCUUUCAUGAAGGCUCUGCGCGAGAACGGAUUCUCCGUCCCCGAACCCAUCGCCCAGAACCGACACACCAUCGUCAUGAGUCUAAUUGAUGCUUUCCCUCUGCGCCAAAUCUCAAAAGUCGCCAACCCCGCUGGGCUAUACUCCGAGCUUAUGAACAUGAUCUUGGAUCUUGCGCGAUACGGUCUUAUCCAUGGUGACUUCAACGAGUUCAAUAUCCUUAUCAAGGAAGAGCUAGACCCCGAAAUGAAGGGCAAAGAGCUCACUGAGGAAGAGGAAGAUGAGCAUAUCCGGCUGGUCCCGGUUCUCAUUGAUUUCCCUCAGAUGUUGUCUGUUGACCACGUUAACGCCGAAAUGUACUUCGACCGUGAUGUGGAAUGUAUCAAGCGUUACUUCAAGCGCAAGUUCCACUUUGUGAGCGACUCAAAGGGCCCUACUUUCGCCGAGGCUAGAAAGAAGCUCCUUAAGAACCCUGGCAAACGCCUGGAUGUCGAAGUUGAAGCCUCAGGUUUCUCACGCAAGAUGGCCCGUGAGCUCGAGGCUUACAUGGCCGACGUGGGAGUCAAAGGAGAUGGAGAGGCUUCUAAGGAUAGCGACGAUGAUGACGAUGAGGAUGAGGAUGAGGAUGAUGAGGAAGAUUCUGGAUCUGAAGCCGAGGAGGCCAGUGAUGCCCACGAGACCAAGGACUCUGAAGAUGUCGAUGACAGCACCAAGCGUGUAAUCAUUUCCGACUCUUGCUUGAACAUCCAAGAUUUGAGUGUUGCGUCGUUCACUACUGGCGUUUUUGAUGCGCGGUCCGCAAGCACCUCCAACCUCCAGAUUCCUCCACUCAACAACACGAUGGUGCGUCUCAGCAGCGUUCAAGCGAAAGCACUUCGCCGCCUGCAAAACCAGGCUGGUGUCCAGCAACCUCCCAAAACCCAAUGGCCCAGCGUCGUCGGCAAGCCCGUGUACCUGCCUGAAUUCCGCGUCGCUCUCGUCCGAACCCCCAACCUCACCCCCCGAUAUGCUCAAUUCCGCGUCCCCCUCAACUUCAACAAGUUCGAUCUCCGCAGCUACCUAUGGCACUUGUACGGAGUCGGAACCCUCAGCAUCCGCAGUUACGUCCAGGCACAACCAAUCACACGAAUCUCGCGCGAUGGCAAGGGUUUCGGCCCAUGGCGCCGACCUAAGUCGCAGAAGCGCAUGACUGUUGAAUUGAAGGAGCCCUUCGUGUACCCCCAGGAGCCAAAGGAUCUGACCCCCUGGGAGCAUGAGAGUUGGUCAAAGGCCGAGAAGUUCCAGAUCGACCUACAAGAAAAGGAGAACCCCAAGCCGAACAAGGGUGAACAGCCCGAUCGCGAGUUGCGCGAGGCCUACAAGGAGCAGGCCAAGGCGCUGCUCGAGAAGAAGGAGACUUGGAGACCGACAUGGAAGGCUAUGGGCUUGGAGCCACACCAGGCGGCUAAGAAUGGCGGCUUCGUCCCUGCUUCUACGCUGCCGGCUUGGUUCGCUAAGGGACGGAAGCACGGAGCGCGGUAA